AUGGCCUUAAGUAAGCUUCUAGGCAAUGGCUUGCCAAGUUUUUUGGAACUUUGCUUUAGCUUGGCUUCAUUCAUUCAAUCCAAAGCUGAUUAUUCUCUGUUUACUAGAAGGCAAGUUGAUGUUUUCAUGGUUCUUUUGGUGUAUGUGGAUGAUGUCUUAAUAGAUUGUAAUGAUAAGGUUGAGAUAGACAGGUUCGAGGUUAUGCUAGAUGACAAGUUCAAGCUAAAGGACUUAGGUGACUCGAAGUACUUUCUUGGGCUGGAGGUUGCAAGGUUAGACAAAGGGAUUGCCCUUUGUCACAGAAAGUACACACUUGAGGUUCUUAAUGAUGCUGGUAUGCUAGGAUGUAAGCCAGCUAAGACACCUAUGGAACAAAGCCUAAAAUUAAGUAAGUUGGAGGGAGAAGAGCUUAAUGAUCCAAGCAGCUACAGAAGACUAGUAGGCAGGUUAUUGUAUUUGACAAUCACAAGGCCAAACAUCACUUUUGAUGUCCAUAAAUUUAGCCAAUACAUGUCUAGACCAAGAAAACCACAUCUGGAUGCAGCCUAUAGAAUCUUACAAUACUUGAAAAGUGAACCAGGAAAGGGUCUUAUGUUCUCUUCUAAGACAGAUUUACACUUGAAGGGAUUUGUAGAUGCUGAUUGGGCCUUAUGUUCUGACACAAGAAAGUCUAUGACAGGUUAUAGUAUCUUCAUUGGAGAUUCUUUGGUGUCUUGGAAAUCAAAGAAGCAAUCUACGGUUUCUAGAUCCUCAGUAGAAGUUGAGUACAAGGCCACAGUAGUUGCAACAUACUGUCAUGUGGUCAAGGACAAGGUUUUGGAAAGGGUUAUCAAGCCAAAUUAUGUUAGGACUCAUUGUCAAUUAGCAGACAUGCUUACUAAAGCAUUGGGGUACAAUCAAUUUUCUAAUCUUGUUGGCAAGAUGGGAAUGAUAAAUAUACACACACCAGUUGCUCUUGAGAGGGAGUAUCAGAGUGUAGAAAGUGUUGAGCACAAGGAAGUAGCAAGAUCAGAGGAUGUAAGAGCAGUGGAGCUUGAUCAGAACAACAAACACUGCAUAAACGACAUUAGAUAG